UGUGUUUAUGUGUGUCGUUUUCGCUGCCUCAGACUAGUACUCUAGUCACUUUAGGAGCCGUUACGGUUCAAGUAAUUUGCUACAACUAUAUUGUAUUCGACAAUAAACCAGAUUUGUAGGAAAACAACAAAAUGUCCAAAAUUACUGCACAAAAGAAAGGCCUAUUGGAAAGGCUAAAAGAAGGUCCUGUUGUGGGCGAUGGUAGCAUGUGUAUGACUUUGGAGAAGCGAGGUUACUGUAGAGCAGGUCCCUGGACGCCAGAAGCUGUAAUUGCUUAUCCAGACGCCGUGAAGCAGCUUUUACGAGAAUACUUGCGUGCUGGUGCUGAUGUUCUGCAGACACCGUGUUUUUACUGCAGCGAUGGAAUGCUUAAAAAGGGUACAGCGUCCGGUGAAACGGUAGCCUACACUACUGAUGCAAUAAACGAAGCUGCUUGCAAAAUCGCCCACGAAGUCGCGGCCGAAGGAAAUGCUCUGGUUUGUGGCGGACUGUCCCCAGUUUUGUCGUAUCUUCGUGAACGAGAUUCUGCAAAGACAAGAGCCGAGUUUGACGCCCAACUUGAUGUGUUUAUCAAAUACAAAGUCGACUUCGUACUGGCAGAGUUUUUUGCACACGUCGAAGAACUCGAAAUAUGCGUUGACGUGAUGAAAAAAGCAAAAAUGCCGAUUGCAUGCUCGAUGAGAAUUGGACCCAUGGGAGACUCCAACGGAGUCUCUGUUGAAGAAUGUGCUGUGAGGAUGGCUAAAACUGGAGCUGACCUCAUAGGAAUAAACUGCCUGUACGACUUCGACACCUGUCUGAAAACAUUGAAACGAAUGAGAGAUGCUUUGGACAAAGAAGGUUUGAAAACACCUCUCAUGUGUCAACCGUUGGGAUGGAGGUGCCCAGAAGUUGAAGACAAACUUAUUGGCUAUCUUGAUUUGCCAGAAACACCCUUAGCGUUGGACCCUCGUACUGCAACAAGAUUUGAGGUCCACGAAUUCACCAGAGCCGCUUAUAACUUGGGAACGCGUUAUAUUGGAGGUUGUUGUGGAAUGGAACCGCAUCAUAUUAGAGCUAUUGCACAGGAGCUUGCUCCUGAAAGGAAAAGGGACCCCCCUGUGCAAGAUAUGUGCCCACCGACGGGAUUUAUGCAGUUUAGUGGACUGUCCAACAUUAAAGAGAAAGCUUCAAUGGACUUUUGGACCAAUACGAAACCUGGAAGUGGUCGCCCAUUUAACCCGGCAAGCACACAAACGGAAGGCGGAAGAUUUAUGUAAACAAUACAACAUCAUGCGUAGUAAUACGAGAGUUAGUGACGCAAUUAAUUGGUGUCUUUGUAUAAAUGUAGUAGGGUGGGGUAAGAUGGGACACCUUUUCAUUCAUGUUUCCCGUCCCAUUUGGUAGUAAAAAAAGAAAACUCAAGAAAUUAUAAAACCGUAUUCUCACGACCCCCAUAGACCAUUGUUUAUUGUUUAAAAUACAAUCAGGAUAUUUGGAUAUUAUGUGCUCCGUUAACCCCACCCUAUUAUAGGACGUUGGUUCUUAAACGGUUUACGAAGUGCUGUGAACAAUAUACUAAAUAUGGCGAUUUAUUUUAAACAAGUUAUUAAAUUAUAGCACUACUCUUGUAUAAAUACAAAUCCUCAAUGUCCAACAUGAAUGCAACUUCCUUCCGUUUUCACCACUGUUUAAGAACCACUGUUAUAGUUGGUAUAAUUGUUAUUCUAAUUUCGCUUCGUAGUUUAAGCACUCGCAAUAAAAAACAAGCAAAAAAAUUAUGCAA